UGGGUCUUGCUUAUUCUUCAUAAUUCUGAUAAUUUUUUGCAAGUUAAGAUAUCCAAAAAUGUGGCAAGAACACAGGGGAAUGGUGAUUGGUGGCACCAUGUUUAGACCAUGGUUCUUUCUAUGUGUUGUGCUUCUAUUUGUGUCAUCCAAGCCCUGCUUUUCAAUUGGAAGCGACACACUUUCAGCAGCCCAGCGUCUCUCAGGGAGCCAAACUUUAGUAUCUCAGGGAAGCAUUUAUGAGCUGGGUUUCUUCAGACCGGGUAAUUCCCUUAACGUUUACCUUGGCAUUUGGUUUAAGAACUUUGCUGAACGGAUAGAAGUUUGGGUAGCAAACAGAGACAAACCACUGUCAGAUCCAUCUUCUUUGAAACUUGGAUUGUCAGAGGAUGGUAAUUUAGUCCUGCUCGACAGUUUAUCAAAAACUCUGAUUUGGACUACGAAUUUGGUAUCACCACCAAUAUCUAACUCUACUGAAGCUGUCCUUCUUGAUGAUGGAAAUUUCAUAUUAAGGAAUGGUUCGGAGCCAUCUACUAUAUAUUGGCAGAGUUUUGAUCACCCAACCGACACGUGGAUGCCCGGUGCAAAGCUUGGCAUCAAUAAACUCACUGGCAAAACCCAACUCCUCACUUCGUGGAAAAAUUCAGAAGAUCCAGCUCCUGGGAGGUUCUCACUUCAGGUAGACCCAAAUGGAAGCAGUCAAUUUUUUAUGGUGUGGAACAUGUCCAGAAUAUAUUGGACUAGUGGAGUCUGGAAUGGUCAGAGGUUUAGCUUAGUUCCUGAAAUGGGGUCAAACGACAUUUUCAAUUUCAGUUUUAUCUCAAAUGAAAGAGAGACCUAUUUUACCUACUCUCUUUAUAAUAGUUCUGUACUAUCAAGACUUGUAAUGGAGCAGACAGGGCAGAUUACGCUGCGACUAUGGUUAGCAAAUUUAUGGAAUUGGAAAUUCUUCCAGGCUUCACCGGCAGACCAAUCCGCAGUAUAUGCUUUUUGCGGGGCAUUUGGAAUCUUUAAUGUUACAUCCUUAACCCAUUGUGCAUGUUUGCCAGGUUUCGUUCCACUUUCACCUAAUGAGACGCAGCGGUUAAAUGACUGGUCAGGCGGUUGUGUGAGGAAAACCCGUUUGCAGUGUGAAAGUAAUAUUUCCAACAGGAAAAAUGAUGGGUUUCGGAAAAUUUCAAUUUUGAAAUUACCACCAGCAAAUUCAAAAGCAUAUCCUGCUAGGAAUGGUAAACAGUGUGCAUCAGCUUGCAGCCUGAAUUGUUCUUGCACAGCUUAUGCUUAUAAUGGUAGUGGGUGUUCAAUAUGGGAUGGAGCUUUAUUGAAUUUACAGCUCUCAGAUGGGUCCAACACUACGCAAAAUCUCUACAUCAAACUUGCUGCUUCUGAGCUUCUAGAUGUUGGAGGGAACAGAAGAAAGUCGUGGGUGAUCAUAGCGAUUCUAGUUCCCCCUGCUAUGCUUGUUACAUGCUUCUCCCUUUGGCAUUUAUGGAGGAAAAAGCUCAAACAAAAUGGGGCAAAGUAUCCAAGCGAGGAUUUGUUGGUAUUUGAUUUUGAUGGUAGUUCUAAUGCAACUGAUCAUGAAACAAAUGCUAGAUAUAAUUUGACAAGGGGGAAGAAGAACGAUGCUGAUUUGCCAUUCUUUAGUUUUGCAAGUGUCUCUGCCGCUACCGAUGGUUUCUCAUCAUCCAAUAAGCUUGGACAGGGUGGCUUUGGACCUGUUUACAAGGGUAAAUUACUCAAGGGACAAGAAAUAGCAAUAAAGAGGCUUUCAGAAAGAUCAGGACAAGGGCUUGAGGAGUUCAGAAAUGAGAUAGUAUUGAUUGCCAAACUCCAACAUCGAAAUCUUGUUAGACUCUUGGGUUGUUGCAUGGAGCAAGAUGAACAUAUACUAAUCUAUGAGUACAUGAUCAAUAAAAGUCUUGAUUUCUUCCUAUUUGAUCCAAGCAAGCGAGAGAUGCUAGAUUGGAUGACACGCAUUCAUAUAAUUGAAGGGAUUGCUCAAGGGCUUCUUUACCUGCAUCAAUAUUCAAGGUUGCGCAUUAUUCAUAGAGAUCUAAAGGCUAGCAACAUUCUUCUAGAUGACGAAAUGAACCCCAAAAUAUCAGAUUUUGGCAUGGCACGCAUAUUUGGUGGUAAUCAGUCACAGGCAAACACAAACCGGAUUGUUGGAACUUAUGGAUACAUGGCUCCAGAAUAUGCAAUGGACGGCAUUUUUUCCAUAAAAUCCGAUGUGUUCAGCUUUGGAGUAUUGUUGCUAGAGAUUGUGAGUGGGAGGAGGAAUACUGGUUUUUAUCACAGUAACUCUCUCAAUCUUCUUGGACAUGCAUGGGAUAUGUGGAAUGCAGACCGUGGCUUGGACUUGCUCGACCCAGUUGUAAAUUGUCCUUCUAGUUUGAUGUUGUUGAGAUACAUCAACGUAGGGCUUCUAUGUGUGCAAGAAAAUCCAGCUGAUCGACCUACUAUGUCUUAUGUCGUCUCAAUGCUUAAUAAUGAACUUGCACUUCCACCAAAACCUAAGCAACCUGCUUUCUCUACCAGCCGAACUGUUGAGGACACGAAUCCAUUGCUGAGCAAUGAAGAAAAUUGUUCACUAAAUGGUGUUACAAUGUCAUUGAUUCAAGCCAG